AUACCUUUAUAAUUCCUGAUAAUGGCCGUUACUCGUUCAUCUCCAUCUCCGGCUAAAGCUACAAAACCCACAAAACAAUCGCAGAAAACCAGACCCAAAUCAAAAAUGGGUAAAAAAAAUCUUAAAGAGAACCCUCCUAGCCCCACUUCCCCUUCUGUUAAAAGAAAAACUCUUGGUGGACCUUCGAAGAACACUCGAGGAAAAAGACCUCGAACUGUUGUUGAAAACUCAGACUCAGAUUUUGAGUUGGAAUCUGAAUUUCUUAAGUCGCCUGUAUCUGUUAAGGGCAAGGGUAAAUCCCCUGUAAAGGUGUUGCCAUCAUCAGGUGUGGCUGAGGAAAUUCCUGUUAAUAGGAUUGUUGAGGAUUGGGAAUGCAAGUACACCCGAUCUCAAUUCUAUCAUUCUAGAGUAGUAACAUCUGGGUAUUACUCUGUACUUGGAGACAUUAAGAGAAUUCUAACUGAAAGCCAAUUGGAAAUUUUUUCAAAAUCUGUGUUUGGUUAUUUUCUUCGGAUUCCGGAGUACAUAAUUCAUUACCAAUUGCUUCAUUGUUUGCUGUUGAGGGAGGUUCAGCAGCCUAAUGGGUUGGAGUUUUGGGUUUGUGUCCAAGGGAAAUAUCUUAGGUUUAGUAUCGAAGAGUUUGCAUUGGUCACGGGGUUAGAUUGUCAUGUUGAUUCUGAUUUUUAUCAGUUUAAGCAAGAUGAUAAUGAAUUGGUCAAACAUUGUUUUAAGGGGUACAAAAAAAUUACCAAGGGUGCUAUUCAGACUGCUUUUAUUGCUGACAAUCUUAAAGAUAACGACGAUCUUGCAGUCAAGUUGGCUGUCUUGUAUUUUGUGCAGUGUUAUUUGUUGGGUGGUCCCCCGGGUAAAGUUGUUUCGUCUGAGAAAAUAGAUGUUGUCGAUAGUGGUCGAUAUAAUGAAUUUGGUUGGGGCAAGCAUUGUUUUGAUAUCACUAUGCAUUCUUUGAAGGGUAAGAUAGAUUCUGGUUAUAAGAGAGUAGUUCGUAGUGACGAGGAUGGUGGGUAUUACAGGUUAUUGGGUUUUCCUUUGGCUAUUCAAUUCUGGUUUUUCGAGUGUUGCCCGUACGUUAUUGGGAAAGUGUCGUUGUACUCAAAUGUAGGCAUUCCAAGGAUUUUGAAUUGGCCUAAAUUACCCAAGGACAAGGAGGGUCAGGUGAAAAUGGAUGUCAUGAACACCCUCAUUUUCGAUCAGUCUUUGAAAGAGGUAAUUCUGUUGUUUUUUACACUAUUUCCACUGUUGUUUUAAUGUUGUUUUUGUGUACAUUAUUUAUACUUUAUGUUUUGAUUGUUGUUGUUAUUUUAUAAUUUCAGUUUCAUGUGCAUAUUGUUUUUUUUU